CGGCCAGUUCUGCGGUGCCCCUUCGGGAAGCUUGGUCUAGAACCUUGUUCUCCAGGCCGCCCACAGUUGUGCGAACCACCCAAUAUCCUGUUUUGGUUAAAUCCAUCAGAAUCUGUUUCCGCGACUGGCUUGGACUAAUGAACUAACCCUGAUUUGUCACAUGCCAAGUACUAGACCUCCUUUAAAUCUCAUGAGGUUCUUUGAGGUAGCAAUUCUCAUUUUCUAGAUGAGGCAAACAUGCUCAGAGAGGUUAAGUAUUUCAUCCACGGUCACACAGCACAGCAGUACCAGCUGCACCCCCUCACCCAGCUCAGUGCCUGACACCCAGCAGGUGCUUCAUGUUUGGCUUUAAUAAACACAGCACGGCCCCUUCUCCUCCUUGGCAUCCCAUGUCACGCCUGCUGCCCAGGCUCCUCCGGCGCCUGAUUACCCACCUGGCCCUGGAAGGCCCUGCUGCUCAGGCCCAUCCCUGCAGCGUGCGCUUCAGCCGUUGGAUUUUCAGAGCAGAAACGGGACUUGGAGCCAUUCCCCCUGGGUGUUCAGCCUCGGGGACCCCCGGGGUGCUCCACGGGAAGUGCCAGGGGCUCAGACUCAAGCCGCCUGCUGACAGCUCCGGUGUGUCUCUAGACCAGACUUCUCGGGCGUCAGCCUGCAACGAGCCUCCGCCGGGCAUCCACAGGGGACCCCAGGGUCAGACCCUGCUGCCCCCCAUCUGCUCCUCCUCCGCUGCUUUGGGAAGUAGAUGGCAGCUCCAUCCUGUGCCUGUUUAUGUCCCCAGUAUGGAAGUCACCCUGAUGCCUCUCGAACGCCAUGUCCAACCCAUUAUCCAGUCCUGCUGGCUUGAACUUCAGCAGAUAGCCAGGACCUGCCUGUGCCCACCCCCCCGGGGAACCAGCUCGCCCCAAGGACACCACCUUGUCCCAUCCAGAUUUCUGCCCCCUAACUGUCCCCUCUUGGGGUCUGUGACUUGCUUCUGCCUUGCAGCCAGAGCUAUUGUUUCAAAAAUCAAGUCAUGCCAGAAACUUUCAAUUAACAAAGUUAUAUUAAAAAUGAAGGCAAUAGUCAAAAUGUGUGGAGGUGAGCCCACGGGGUCCUCCCUGCCGGGCCCGGGGCCCCAGCCGGCGUGCUGGGCGCUCCUGCUGCCGUACACUAAGACCUGUCUGCACUUCACUUGUUUCCGAGGCCUGUAUGCCUGA